CACUCAACUAACUCACGUGGUCCAUACUUCUGGUUUAUAGUUCAACGUGCAGUCUUGUUUGUGCAUGUGGCGUUAAAUUUGUUGAAUUGUUUUAAAUUUAUGCUAUAAAAGUAAACGUUAUAUACAUUUUCUGUUGUAAAAACAGUGGAAAAAUGUCUGUGUUUAUGGAUCUAAACAUUAUCAGCGGUAAUGAUAAGAACAAACUCAGAAGCAUCGUAGAGACAGCUGCGCACCUUGGCUACUCAACAGUUGCAAUAAACUAUGUGGUGGAACCACAACAGAAGAAACAGGAAAUUCCCAAGCCACAGAGUGUGUCAGACAUAUUUGAUAAAUUCCCAGUAGUGCAGGGCAAAUCUUCUCCCAUCAAAGUACUGAAUCGAUUGACCAUCAUAGCCUCGGAUGCUUCUCAUUUUAGACCAACCAACGAAUACAAAAGCUUUGACCUUGUGGCAGUGUAUCCCAAGACAGAAAAACUAUUUCAUGCAGCCUGCAUGACUUUUGAUGUGGACAUUAUCUGCAUUGCAGUGGCUGAAAAACAGCCCUUCCAUUUUAAAAGGGCUCCAGUUAAUGGGGCUAUUGAGAGGGGAGUUUUCUUUGAGACAUGUUAUGCGGCAGCCAUCAGAGACACUACUACGAGAAGAUACACCAUUGCCAAUGCCAUCAGCCUCAUGGAAGUCUGUAAAGGAAAAAAUAUCAUAGUGUCCAGUGGAGCAGAAAGACCUCUUGAGUUGAGGGGCCCAUAUGACAUUGCCAAUUUAGGGCUUUUGUUCAGCCUGUCUGAGGGAGAUGCCAAAGCUGCUGUUUCUUCUAACUGUCGAUCUGUCUUGCUUCAUGGAGAGACGAGAGCCACUGCAUCUGGUGUUAUUUACACCAUGAAGAAACCAAAAACUCCCCAGAAGCAAGAAGAAGAAUCUCCAUUAUCUAAAAAGGCCAAAACUGAAUCAACAUAGCCAGUAUUCCAGCAUGCAUGUGUUCAUUAUCUUUUUUUUUUUUUUUUAUUGAAGGUUAAUAUUCCCAGAAUCCCCUUUGCUUAGUCUUGCAAUCCACUUUAAAUUGAAAGAAAAUACAGAUAUUAUAAAUGACAUUUAUUUAGUCAAGCUUUAAAGGAAUUGAAAACAGAAUUUUCAGAUACAAUUACAGAUAAAUGAUUAGACUAGUAUAACAUUGCUUAUCAGUUGAGUGCAUUCUGUUAUAAAUUACCAUUUAGAAUAUCAAAAAACACCACCAUGCUCUCACUGAAUCUAAUCUCAGCAGUAGAGCUAUUUCAGACAAUGCAUUUACAUGUGAAGUAAAUGAAUUUACAUUCUUUUCUGCCUUAUUUAUGGUUUAAAUAAAAAGUUAAAGUAC